UCGUCAAAAUCCACCAUUUUCCCUUUGUAACUAACCGGUGUUCAAAACACGUGCAUACGAUCAAGUUACAUGGAAAACUCGUACUGUCGCGUCUUGUAAUAACUAAAUAGCGUCAUAAAAAAGUGCCCCGUUUUAACGUUAACACAAUUUACGCUUAAAAACAGCAGAAUGAACAGCGAAAAAUUAAAGAAACUCCAGUCGCAAGUACGCAUCGGCGGUAAGGGCACACCGAGACGCAAGAAGAAGGUUGUUCACGUUACUGCGGCCACAGAUGACAAAAAACUGCAGUCAUCGCUCAAAAAGUUGUCAGUGAACACAAUUCCUGGCAUCGAAGAGGUAAAUAUGAUCAAAGAGGACGGUACUGUGAUACACUUUAACAACCCGAAGGCACAAGCGUCGCUGGCCGCGAACACGUUCGCGAUUACCGGACACGGGGAGAAUAAGCAGACCACAGAGAUGCUCCCGGGUAUCCUCAGCCAGCUCGGACCCGACGGCUUGAACCGACUGAAAAGGAUUGCGUCGAGUGUUGCCGCGCCUAAGCCACUCGAGGAAGACGACGAGGUACCUAACCUCGUCGGCAACUUUGACGAAGCCUCAAAACAAGAGGCCAAGGAGGUUGUAACUAACGAGAAGGAGAAGGAGAAAGAAAAGAAACCCGAAUCAGAAACCAAAGCUGACAAGAAAACUGAUUAAAUUAACCACAAGUAUAGUUUUAAUUUGCUCACCUACAUGUCAAGGGUUUCCGAAGCCAUCUGUGUCUCAAAAGAAUGAUUUUCACUUUUAUUUCAUUACGUUCCUGGGUGUAUGAACUUCAUCAUGUAUUGCAUUUGUUUGGAAAGAGUGAUGUGAUGUACGGGGACACUAAAUUUUUAAUUCUAAGUGAUGGCUCUGGAAACCGUGCAGCCCCAUUCAAAUGCAAUUGUUUUUGAUAGAUCAUCAACCUUUUCAGCAUUGUGGAAUAUUGAUUCUCAAAUAGGCAUUAGAUAAGUGUUAUAAACCUACUGUUGAGAAAUUAAUACAAAAUGUUUUAAAAUUGACAUUAAACAGUUAAGGGUAUGAAUGUAUUAAGAUAAAGGAGGCAUUUUUUGAAAAUGUAAAGUAUUUUCUAGAAAAAAUUGUUAGUCAUGUCCAAUUUUGCUUACAAGUUUUUUAUCAGUUGAAAAAACAUAGGUUUAUAAAAUUAGUCACAGGUAGCUCAAGAUGAUGAGCUAAAAUUAUUGUA